AUGGGUGCCGACAAUAUCCGAUGGACCAGGCAGGACGAAAUGUAUAUCGAUCACGGGGACGAGGUGUUGAUCCUGCAUCAAGACCAACGGAUCGGGAUUUGGCUGGCCGGAGACCAUGUGCCACGGAUACCGGGUUUCAUCUCGAUCGGUUCUCGGCGUUACAUGGAGUGGCAGAAUCUAGCUUUGGAAGCUACGACAGACACUCGAUCCGAAGGAAUGGAGGUCGAGGUCCCGCUGGUGCCCGCGGUGAAGCAGCCUGAGUACGAAACCCCAGGCGCAAUACUCCAAAGACCGAAGGCGACGUUGAUCAAGAGUCGGAAGGUCGAGGCGGGUCAGGAUCAAGAUAUUCCUGACUGCCUAUCCACGGACAAGUCGCCGUCGGACAAAUUGCCGUCGGAGAUUCGACCGUUGGAUCUAGUGUCUGUCGCAAGCGAGGCGUCGGAUCUGUCGUCUAUCGCAGGCGAAGACCCUAUAUCGCAUGCUGUAACGGCCAAGGAGGCGCUAGAUGUUCUCGAUCAAGUGACGUCAGACGAUCAACUACAUUCGAGAGGUCAGGAUCAAGGAAUAUCGCCGUCGAAAUGUGGCGGAUCGGAUCCACCAUCAAUGAUGAGUGUACAAUCUGGGACGGGGCCUGUGACCAGUGAUCCGUUGAACGACAAGUACGCCGCAUCUAUGCCGCAAAAAACGGACAUGGAUCCUUCACCUAUCAAUAAGGCGCGUCGGAUCUGGACCUCACCUGGGACUCAGAUCCAGAAUAUGAUGAAUGUGUAUACUACCAUGAAGGAAGUGAUCUAUGUCGACGGUCAGAUGGCGGCACGGCCAGAAGUGCCUGUGACGACGGAAGAUGUGAAGAUCGAGGACCAUCAGCUAUGUGGAUCUGAUAACCAGACCCCAGAAAUAAUUGAUCGACUUCGCCAAAGGAUCUGGAAGUUCCGACAUCUCUUGAUCGGUAAAGGAAAUGCCUUUCCACCGGCGGCUAGAGGAGUGAUGUGCGACAUCGAUGUCGGAGGAGCGAGGCCUAUCGCCCUGAAGUGUCGUAAGUUGCAGAUCCAGUUUAGGGAGAUACUGGCAGACUUGAUCAAGGGUCUAUUGUCCGCCAAGAUGAUCAACUACUCUAGAUCACCGUGGGCUUCCCCGACCGUGGUGAUUAUCAAGAAGAAUGGAGUUGAUAUCCGGUUGUGCAUCGAUUACCGGUUGGUUAACUGUCUAACUCAGCUGAUGAUCUACCUAAUGCCCUUGAUCAACGACCUACUUGAAGAUCUGGAGUCAACACUCUGGUACUGUUCUUUGGAUAUGGCAAGUGGAUUUUGGGUAGGGAAAAUGACGGAUCGCGCUCGUUUGAUCUCGGCUUUUAUCACUCCUUUUGGAUUAUUUGAGUGGAAUCGAAUGACUUUCGGUUUGACGAAUGCGCAUUAG